UGUUCACACUGACAACUGGCUGGCUGGCUGAGCACUGAAAAGUCUAGGAACAUGUCAGUGACCAAUGCGCGAGCGGAAGUGUAACUGUUGCCCACCUUUCAUUGAAACUGGACACGCUGGUUCGAAGAACUCUCGCCCUAGAUGGACUCGGACUGGGAGGCAGUACUGUAUGAAUGGGUGCAACAUUGAAAUCUCUUGCACAGAUCUUUCUGACGUAGACUAUCCACAAGAAACCGUGAAUAACAUGCUCUUUUCGCAUUUAGUCUCAUGGUCUAGUUUCCUAUAUGUUAGUCUACUGUAGAAACGUUUGGAGGAGUUCAUCGACAUGCAUUAGAAGAGGAGAAACAACUUGCUGGGCUGGUGGACUGGACAGAGGAAGAUUUCGCGAGGACACUCGCAGGGCGCGUAUGGAUUACAUGUAAAACCAGUGUUGGUGUCGCUGCUAUUUGGGGGAAAGUCAUCCGAGAAGUGCAUUUCAGGAGACCAUGGACAGCCUCGCUUCCGUGGUAGAGGGAUUCCGUUCAGCCUGGAUUGACGUUUCCCGGGACUCGAAGAGCUCACAGCCGUGGAAUGGAGAGUGAAAUAAGCUCUAUGAAAAAAAUAGUAUAUUUAUAAUAUUGGUGUGAAAUGUAUUUAUGUUCUGGGUAUCAUGGUUUAUUUCCCCAACAAUCGUAAAUAAACUACUUGGAAUCUAGGGAUACACUUCGAAUAGUGGAUACUUUUAAAAGGAGCGCUUUGGUGACACAUGUAUGGAUCUAUUGAAUUAGGCUAUGCACGGAAUUCAACUGUCAAAUGACAGUUUCAAAGACGUUUUGUUUUGUUUCCACUUUGUCGCCACUAUCUCUUUAAUUUCAUCCAUCCACCGUAUCACUCCAUUAACCAGGUUAGAGCCGUAGAGAAAGAUAAAUAAACCCACUGUCUCUUAUAGCGCGCCCACACGGGUACCGGGGUCGGGAUGUGGGGUGGCCGAGGUCUCCCAAUGUCUGUCACGGUGGUUGUAACUCUACUCCUGGUUAUUAUUGACGUUAAGGCGAGUGGAGAAUACUGUCACGGUUGGCAUGACACCCAGGGCAGCUGGAGAGAGGGCUUCCAGUGCCCGGAGAAGUUUGAUGGUGAGGAUGCCAUCAUCUGCUGCGGGAAAUGCGAGCUCCGGUACUGCUGCUCCAGCACUGAAGCACGGCUGGACCAGGGGACUUGUGAAAACGACAAGCAAGCCCAGGAACCGGGCACCAACAGCAAGGAGAACAAGGAUACGGGCGCAGUACCCAUCUACGUUCCCUUCCUGAUCGUGGGCUCUGUAUUCGUGGCCUUCGUCCUGGUGGGUUCCGUCGUUGCAGUGUGCUGCUGCCGCUGUCUCCGCCCCAAACAGGAACUGUCUUCAGGGGGUGGGGGAGGAGGCGGGUCUGGUGGCGGCCGUCUCCUUGAGACCAUUCCCAUGAUGGCCAGCGUGGGCACGUCUCGCGGUUCCUCCUCCCGCCAAUCAAGCACAGCCACGUCGUCCAGUUCCUCUGCCCCUCCUGCCCAGGUGCCUCGCCCGGCCCCGCAGCCCAUGAUGCGCACCCAGGCCUCUUGCUGUCUGCCUACAGACGCCAGUGUCUUCGUCAACAUGCCCACCAACUUCUCCGUGCUCAACUGCCAGCAGGCCACCCAGAUCAUGCCCCACCAGGGACAGUUCAUCCACCCCCAGUACAUCGGCUACGCCACCCACCACAUGUCCCCGCCCCAGGGGGUCUACCUGGACCCCACCCAGGGGGGCUACAGACAGCUGCAGUCCCCCUACCCCCCACCCACCAGUGUGGCCAGUGUCACCAGUGAGCAGAAGUACCCUCCAGUAACAGUUUGAGGAAGGGGCCAUUUUGGUGACUGUGUGUAUCAGACCGUUUGAGGACUUUGUGGAACUCUGCCAGAAAACCUUACAGAGAUUGCGUGAGAAACCUUAUGGGGACAUUGGGAGCUCGCCAGCUUGGAGAGAGAAUGAUAUGGACUCUGGCUCACACAGAGGACUCGUAAAACCCAAGCUGGGAUCUGUGCCUAACCAGCCACAGUGUGCAGCAUGUGUCUGUCCUACAUCCAACUGGGCACACACUGGUUGAAUCAACAGUGUUUCCACAUUAUUUCAAUGAAAUGAUGUUGAACCAACGUGGAAUAGAUGUUGAAUUGACUUCUGUGCCUAGUGGGAUGUGUGUGAUAUUACGUUCCCUCAGGGUAAUCAUUCUGACUGAGUCAACCUCAACCCAAGAAGGAGUAUGUGAGGACAAGAAAGGGGUACAUCUUUCUGGAUGUCCUCAUUCAAGAAAACACAAUCACAUAGAGGGGUCAAGCUACUCACCAUGGCCAACGACUCUCAGCAUACAGUGGCUUGCGAAAGUAUUCAACCCGUUGACAUUUUUCCAAUUUUGUUGCCUUACAAUCUGGAAUUAAAAUUUAUUUGGGGGGGGGGGGGGGGUUGUAUAAUUUGAUUUACACAACAUGCCUACCACCUUGAAGAUGCUAAAUAAUUGUUAUAGUGAAACAAACAAGAAAUAAGACAAUGUAAAAUGAAAACUUGAGCGAGCAUAACUAUUCACCCCCCCCAAAAGUUAAUACUUUAUAGAGUCACCUUUUGCAGCAAUUACAGCUGCAAGUCUCUUGGGGUAUGUCUCUGUAAGCUUGGCACAUCUAGCCACUGGGACUUUUGCCAACUAUUCAAGGCAAAACUGCUCCAGCUCCUUCAAGUUGGAUGGGUUCCGCUGGUGGACAGCAAUCUUUAAGUCAUACCACAGAUUCUCAAUUGGAUUGAGGUCUGGGCUUUGACUAGGCCAUUCCAAGACAUUUAAAUGUUUCCCCUUAAACCACUCGAGUGUUGUUUUAGCAGUAUGCUUAGGGUCAUUGUCCUGCUGGAAGGUGAACCUCCGUCCCAGUCUCAAAUCUCUGGAAAACUGAAACAGGUUUCCCUCAAGAAUUCACCCUGUAUUUAGAGCCAUCCAUCAUUCCUUCAAUUCUGACCAGUUUCCCAGUCCAUGCAAAUGAAAAACAUCCCCACAGCAUGACGCUGCCACCAUCAUGCUUCACUGUGGGGAUGGUGUUCUCGGGGUGAUGGAAGUGUUGGGUUUGCACCAGACAUAGCGUUUACCUUGACGGACUGAAAGCUCAAUUAUAGUCUCAUCUGACCAGAAUACCUUCUUCCAUAUGUUUGGGGAGUCUCCCACAUUCCUUUUGGCGAACACCAAAUGUGUUUGCUUAUUUUUUUCUUUAAGCAAUGGCCUUGUUCUGGUCACAUGCCUUUUGGCAAACACCAAAGUGUUUGCUUAUUUUUGUCUUUAAGCAAUGGCUUUUUUUCUGGUCACUCUUCUGUAAAGCCAAGCUCUGUGGAGUGUACGGCUUAAAGUGGUCCUAUGGACAGAUACUCCAAUCUCCACUGUGCAGCUUUGCAGCUCCUUCAGGGUUAUCUUUGGUCUCUGUCACCUCUCUGGUUGCCUGGUCCGUGAGUUUUGGUGGGCGGCCCUCUCUUGGCAGGUUUGUUGUGGUGCUAUAUUCUUUCCAUUUUUUAAUAAUGGAUUUAAUGGUGCUCCGUGGGAUGUCAAAUCAAAUCAAAUGUAUUUGUCACAUACACAUGGUUAGCAGAUGUUAAUGCGAGUGUAGCGAAAUGCUUGUGCUUCUAGUUCUGACAAUGCAGUAAUAACCAACGAGUAAUCUAACCUAACAAUUCCACAACUACUACCUUAUACACAUAAGUGUAAAGGGAUAAAGAAUAUGUACAUAAAGAUAUAUGAAUGAGUGAUGGUACAGAACGGCAUAGGUAAGAUGCAGUAGAUGGUAUCGAGUACCGUAUAUACAUAUGAGAUGAGUAAUGUAGGGUAUGUAAACAACGUGGCAUAGUUUAAAGUGACUAGUGAUACAUGUAUUACAUAAAGAUGCAGUAGAUGAUAUAGAGUACAGUAUAUACAUAUACAUAUGAGAUGAGUAAUGUAGGGUAUGUAAACAUUAUAUUAAGUAGCAUUGUUUAAAGUGGCUAGUGAUAUAUUUUACAUCAAUUUCCAUCAUUGAAGUGGCUGGAGUUGAGUCAGUGUUGGCAGCAGCCACUCAAUGUUAGUGGUGGCUGUUUAACAGUCUGAUGGCCUUGAGAUAGAAGCUGGUUUUCAGUCUCUCUGUCCCUGCUUUGAUGCACCUGUACUCACCUCGCCUUCUGGAUGAUAGCGGGGUGAACAGGCAGUGGCUCGGGUGGACAGGCAGUGGCUCGGUUGGACAGGCAGUGGCUCGGUUGGACAGGCAGUGGCUCGGGUGGUUGUUGUGGUUGUUGUUCAAAGUUGUUCAAAGUUUCAGAUAUUUUUUUAUAACCCAACCCUGAUCUGUACUUCUCCACAACUUUGUUCCUGACCUGUUUGGAGAGCUCCUUGGUCUUCAUGGUACCGCUUGCUUGGUGAUGCCCCUUGCUUAGUGGUGUUGCAGACUCUGGGGCCUUUCAGAACAUGUGUGUGUAUAUAUAUAUAUAUAUAUAUAUAUAUAUAUAUAUAUAUAUAUAUGAGAUCAUGGAACAGAUCAUGUGACACUUAGAUUGCACACAGGUGGACUUGAACUAAUUCUGUGACUUCUGAAGGUAGUUGGUUGCACCAGAUAUUAUUUAGGGGCUUCAUAGCAAAGAGGGUGACACACCACUUUCUCGUUUUUUAUUUUUUAUAAUUUUUUGAAACAAGUUAUAUUUUUCAUUUCACUUUACCAAUUUGGACUAUUGUGUGAAUGUUCAUUACGUGAAAUCCAAAUAACAAUACAUUUAAAUUACAGGUUGUAAUGCAACAAAAUAGGAAAAACACCAAGGGGGAUGAAUACUUUUGCAUGGCACUGUACAUUUGUGUGUUUAACAUCUUGAAGUUUGUCCAUGUAGUAUCUGUUGUAUGUGUAAAUGAGGGAAUGUGUAUAUGUACAGUACAGGUUGUGAGGUGCUGUGUCCAGUGUGUGUACUGUAUGUGAAUUGUGAAUAUAUGAAGAGUUUAUUUCCAAAACGCUAUACCAACCAAUUUUUCAUGUGUUUUUGUUUUAAAUCAGAUAUGAUUGCUUAUGGGUACCUUCAUGUGUUUUUGUUUUAAAUCAGAAAUGAUUGCUUAUGGGUACCUUCAUGUGUUUUUGUUUUAAAUCAGAAAUGAUUGCUUAUGGGUACCUUCAUGUGUUUUUGUUUUAAAUCAGAAAUGAUUGCUUAUGGGUACCUUCAUGUGUUUUUGUUUUAAAUCAGAUAUGAUUGCUUAUGGGUACCUUCAUGUGUUUGUGUUUUAAAUCAGAUAUGAUUGCUUAUGGGUACCUUCAUGUGUGUGUAAAAUAUUACUGUUUUCAGAUGUUUUAUUCAUAGAUUUUAGAUGCAUAUGAAAAUGUGUUUUUUUUCUUCUUCAAAAUGCUAUGUAUCCAUUGUUUAGCUGGAAUGGAAUGUUGGUGUACUGUUUAUUUGACUAAUGUGGCUGCCUCACCUAGCUAUCUUAAGAUGAAUGCACUAAAUGGAAGAUGCUCUGGAUAAGAGCAUCAGCUACAUGACUAAAAUGUAAACGUUUUACAUACAGGUGUCAUAUUACCGUAUUGAUUUAUUUUAAUUUUUUUUAUAUUGAUGUCACAAGUGUAUAAUUUCUACAGUUUUUUUGUAAUAUGUGACUGUGUAAAAACUAACUACUUAUUUCUCUCAGAGUGAGGUGGAUAUAUAGCAUUUUGCAAAAAAAAAAAACAUGUUUAUUUGUCUCUCUGAAAUGAAACUAUUAA